ACUUGUUGUGUAAAAGGUUUUGUGUAUAGAAUUUGCAAUCAUUGGGUUAACGAGAAGUUGGACUGAUUCCGUCGGCUAGCGAGCGGUAGAAAUAUGUCGGAUACGAAGGAGCUGCAAAAUGACGAACGAGAAGCACUAAUAUCCAUCUACGAAGGCGACAGUGCCUUCAAGCAGGUGAACUCAGGGACGUAUCAGUACAAGUACGGAGAAGAAGGCAAUAAAUCGUUUCUGCUGGAAAUAUGUUGGACCGAAAAGUAUCCGGAAGAGCUUCCUACUUUCAACCUGGAGACGUUCUACAACAGGAAUCUCUCACGGAAUGCGAAAGAUAGUAUCGUAUCGAUCCUGCGUGAAGAGGCCGAACAGUGGCUCGGCUGCGGUAUGACUUACACACUAUUUGAGUGCCUCAAAGACAAGCUAGACGAUUUGCUGACGGACGAAAACUGUAAUGCCGGCGAAGGGCAGCAGGGUGUAAUAGGAACGGCAAAUGCGACGUUGGAAGAAGAUCCGGUGGCCGACAGUGACUCGGAUGGGGACGACGACGAGUCGGGUGAUGCGCGUGGAAACCGCAAGGAACCGAAGCGGGAACAGAUGACGAAGGCACAGAAACGGAAGCAAUGGGACCGGGUGGACAGUAAAGGCAAUCGGCAACGGGGCUGGAAUUGGGUGGACAUUGUUAAACAUCUCUCGCAGACCGGUGGGAAACCGGAAUAGGACCGGCAAGGGUUGAGUUGUGUGAUAUUACGACGGGA